AAUAAAUAUUCGUAAAUUAUUUGGAAUAAAAAAAAUACUAGUACAAAUUUGAAGUCGGAGUAUAUGAAAUAUAGAACUCAGUAAAAUCCUUGUUUCAUCUUCAAAACCACUUUUCUUUUGUUUCUCCGUCCUCCACUCUCCAUACAAUUUUUAUCAUUCAUUUCCCACUUUCACAAAUAUCAUCACCAAUUCACCAUUCACCCACUCUGUAUUUUCCUUCUUUCUACACACUUUCAGUUUCAGUUCCCUCAUGCUUUUCCAUACAUCUGCAUCUCUAUCAUUUCUCUUUUAAGUUUCCAAAAAAAGAAAAAUGGCGUCAGCUGAAAAAUCUGCUGCUUCUACCCCCUCCAAAGGUCAAGCAUGGUUUUGCACUACUGGUUUACCCAGCGACGUCGUUGUAGAAGUUGAUGACAUGACCUUCCAUCUCCACAAGUUUCCAUUAAUGUCUAAGAGCAAGAAACUUCACGACCUCAUAAAAGAGCAAGAAACAAAAAAUAUCCAAAAAGAAAGACAGCUUACAGAAAACGACGACGUUGAGGUUGAUGAACAAAUACUUGAACAAGAUUACUGCCACGUGUCACUUUCAAAUUUUCCCGGCGGCUCUGAAGCUUUUGAAACUGCUACGAAAUUCUGUUACGGAGUCAAAAUCGAUAUCACCGCCGGUAAAGUGGCUCCACUCCGGUGUGCUGGAGAAGUUCUGGAAAUGACGGAGGAACAUUCUGAGGAUAACCUCAUCUCCAAAACCGAAAGAUUCUUCACAAACUCGGUCCUCAAAAACAUCAAAUAUUCCAUUAAAGCGUUGAUAACAUGCGAGAAAUUAAUGCCUCUAGCGGAAAAUCUUGGCAUUGUUGAAAGAUGUAUUGACGCUAUUUCAUCGAAAGCGUCGCUUUAUGAUCCGUCAUUGUUUGGAUGGCCGGUAAACGACGUUACAGAAUAUUCAUCAGAUACUAGAAAGAAGAAUGUAUCAUCAACCAAAAUCAUGAGGGAUGAUGCGUGGGUUGAAGAUCUUGCUCAAUUGAGUUCAAAUCUCUUCAAUCGAGUCAUCUCAACAAUGAGAGAAAAAGAGAUUAAUCCAGAAGUUAUUGAGAGCUGUUUAAUUCACUAUGCAAAACAGUGUUUUCCAGGAAUUAGUCGAUCGACUCGGAAGCUAUCAUCAUCCAUGAUGACUUCCGAGGCCGAACAGAGACAGUUAUUGGAGACAAUAGUCUCAAAUCUUCCGCCUGAGAAGAGCGCACGAUCGCAAUUUGCAACGAGAAUUCUUUUCGGAUUACUUCGAACAGCCAAUAUUCUCAAUACUUCAGAUGAAUGUAAAUCUGCUCUCGAGAAAAAAAUUGGAUCUCAACUCGAACAAGCAACACUAGAUGAUUUGUUGAUUCCGAGUUAUUCUUAUUUAACAGAAACAUUGUAUGAUGUUGAUUGUGUUGAGAGGAUUUUAAGCCAUUUUUUGGUUGAUUACGGAAGGAGAGAAAUCGAAGGUGAAGAUGAUCAAACCCUAGAAAAUAUCCGAUCUCCGUCGAUAAUGUUCGUCGGAAAACUCAUCGACGGUUACCUUUCGGAAAUCGCUUCGGACACUAAUUUAAAGCCGGAGAAGUUCAUGGAACUGACAUUAUCUAUUCCAGAUAAAGCUCGCUUAUACGAUGAUGGCGUUUACAGAGCUGUUGAUGUCUAUCUCAAAGCACAUCCAUGGUUAUCAGAAUCAGAACGAGAAAGAAUAAGCGGAGUGAUGAACUACGAAAAACUAACAUUAGAAGCAUGUACACACGCAGCACAAAACGAGAGACUACCCCUAAGAUCAGUAGUACAAGUUCUAUUCUUCGAACAACUUCAACUCCGUCACGCCAUAGCCGGAACUCUCUACUUAACACCUCAUCAUAAUACUGCGCCGAGUGAAUCUAAUGUGACUGAUUAUAGAAAUGAAGAAGAAACAGAGAGACGAAUGAAAAAGAAGAGAUGGAGAGAAGCAAUUAGGGAGAAUGAGGUGCUGCGAUUAGAUAUGGAUAGUAUGAGGACAAGAGUUCAGGAAUUAGAAACGGAAUGUUCAACUAUGAAGAAGGUCAUCCGUAAUAUUGAUAAAGUUAAUAGUAAUAAUAAUACUUCUCAUACUUGGAGGAGCGCGUUAAUGACUAAGUUUGGAUGUAAGUUUAAGACUCAGGUUUGUGAUUCUCAUCAAUCAACGGUGGUGGAUAACCCAAAAGGAAGACAUAACAUCAAUCAAUGGUGAUUUUUUUGUGGGGAGAAGUGUUGUUAGAGUAGAGCAACACAUUAUUUAAUUUUCAUACAAAAUAUGUCUCCAUUAUCUUAUAAUUUAUAUUUUUCCUUUAUUUUAUUGUGUUGGUUAUCUUUUUUUUUCGAAUAUAAUUCGAAUUGUAAUAUUGUAAAUACGUAAAUUAGGAAAAAUUGACAUUAAUAAUUCAACUUUUUACUUAUUUGG